AUGAAUCUCCGUGUACCGGAGCAUCUGACCUCCGGAUUAGAACGCGGUGCUGAACUAACUGAACUCGGAUGCUCGUCGGUAGACGAAUCGAACAGUCGACAUGCAUCGGUGGCGGGCCCCUUAACGCACUCAAUGCAUGUGUGCGUAAAGCAGCCUAUCGAAAAGAUGUGCUCUACUACUCUGGCCAGCUUGUCAGAGCUUGUGUUCGCAUUAAAAACCGUCAGACCAACUGGGAUGCACUGGGAAAUGUCCGAGUUCGUUGGUUUGGUGAGGUGA